ACGUGUGAUGGAUGGAGGCCAACGUGACAAAGGGAAGAAGCCAGUCUUCACAAUAGAGCGAGGACACGCACCUGGCCACCAGGGAUGGCCCCCAGGCAUGCGACCACUUUCGGAUAUUCGAGAACUUACUGAGCCAAGUCUGGUCGAUGCUCUGGAAAAGAGGCCAACAGCAAGCAUCCACCGUCAACCCAGCAUCAGUCGGCAAAAUUCGCUCAGAAGAGGCCCGUCACUAAAGCGUGCUGGCUCAGUCAGGAUCCUCGAGCCCGUCGGAAGCUCCAGCUCUAGUUAUAAAGAUGAUUUGGUUGCAACCGAGUCGACGAUCGACACACCAGAAAGCCUGCGCGACGGCUCAAGUUUAUACAGCAUACCCAUUUCGAGCAUUCCCGCCCGACAGUCUUCGAACACUCGCAAUCAUCCUAGACAUCACCGGAGUACAACAUCUAGAUCAUCUCCCACGCCCCGUCAACGAAGCAUGAGUCGAACGAUUCCGUAUCGUGGACAAACGCGUUCUCCCGUCAAGCAGGUUAGAGCCCGCUUGGAUGCCGUCGGGUCAGAUGCGUCAAGACGAGCACCUUCCGGCACCUUCAUUCGAAACCCUGUUCCUCGAGAUAUCCUCGAGUUUCCUACUCAUCGACAUCCUCGUAUCGGCGUUGAUCUACAGAUAGCGGCUCCUCUGUUCGUUGGCGGAGGAACUGUCGAGGGUUUCGUCAGAGUAAUCGUCGACGAAGCAGACAAGUCACGCAAUAAGAAAAGCCUUACCCUCGGCAGAAUAGCAGUAGAUCUCAUUGGCACCGAGGAGACAUCGAGUAAUCGCAAGGCAAUCUUUCUGUCAUUGGGCACAGAACUGAUCGACUCGAAUCAUCCACCACCUCGCAACAUGGUGGAACCACAAGACUUUCCGGACGCCGAUUGUUUCUGGUCUUUGAUACCUUCUUUCACUAGUCUGCCAUUCGUCGUCAGCCUGCCUUUGGAUACAGGGCCACCUCCUUUUCACUCCAAGCAUGCCUGUAUCCGGUUUGUACUUUGUGCUACCAUCUUAAUUAAAGAUGGAGGCCGGCAGUACUUGGUUCGAUGCUCUGAAGAUAUAUCUGUAUUGCCCACAUAUGACCGUAGGUUUGCUCUCCGGAGCGAGACUUGCAGAGCAGUCGCUAAUGGCCCAGUUACAGCAGAGAAGGCUUUAAGAUCGCUGCCAAGUCCGCUGACCGCGUCGGAUGAGCAAUCCUUUUCACGAUCCGGACUCCUCGAGACAGCCAAGAUGACUGCAGGUCUACAUCGACAAGUAUGGGUGAGCGGUAGCAGCAUUNUUGUUGACAUACACAUCGCCAAUGGCACUCGUAAGACUAUCAAAAAGCUUGAUUUAAGUUUGGAAAGAGACAUAUUGUGCUACAGACAUUCUGCCAGCCAAGCAAGGAUAUUCGAGAGUAACGAGCGAUCGAUAUUAAGCAAGCAUAGCAUGAAGCAAGGUGCCAAUGGGUGGACUGGAAUUGAAGCAUAUGGAUCUAUCACCAGGACAUGCGACCUUGAAAUUCCACGCGGACACGCCACUGUGAAAUGCGGUAUGCCAAUCAACCUCUCUAUGGUUGACAAGCUCUUGCUAACUUCCUCUANNGGCAACUACUUUGAGGUACGGUAUUUCCUAAAUGUCACUGUUGGAGGAUCUCGCACAAAGAUGCUAUCUGUUCAGCUGCCCAUCAUCGUCAUCCACAUGAAUUCAUUGGAUGUCCUCCCAAACUCUGUAGCUCAAGUUGCUGCGGCGAUUGAAGAGAAGCGUUCACACCACCGCAGCCACAAGCGUACCACAUCUCAGGCCUCUGUGCAGAUUGCUCAGACUUCAGCGUCCCUAGGGCGAGCGACCGACACUGCUCUGACACGGCCAUCACGAUUGCAAGGUCGGGCCUUCGCAGCACCGAGGCAACAAUCUCUCGAGCGCAUGCGUGCCUCGGCGGCAGACCUUCGACAGCUCGAAGAAGCCCUAGAACUUUCGCCACGGAGAUAUCAAGUUUACAAGCAACCCGCCGAAGUCAAGCAACCUCUGCGGACCAAAUCUGUUGGGAAAGAAAUCGCAAGGAUAGGUAACACGAGGAUCGUGUCUCGACCAGCACGAGAGGUUCACAAACAACCAAGUAACCUGGCCAUGGGCGGUAUCAGUGUAGGAAGCUACACCAUAUACAGCCACAACAACUAUGACAGCAACAGUGCUAGUUCUGGCAACGGCAAUGGCAUGAUGGAGUACAUCACACCUCCGUCGAAGCGUAAGGAAAAGUUCUUUUCGUCACCAGUCAAGAUCGAAGGUAUGGGUGUAGGCUCGGCUCUCAAAUACGUCCGCAGCAUCGAUAGCUUCCGCAGUCACAAAUCUGCAACGGACCGAUGGCGAGAUCAUCUCGGCAAGGAGAAAGAUGGGCCUCCAAGUCGAGCUCCCCCUGCUCCGCCAUUAGGUCCACUCACAGACAGAAAGCCGAGGACAAAGCAACAGCAUUCGUCGGUGCCAUUUAUGCUGGGUUCAACAAACCAACCACCACCAAGGCCAAUCAGGAGUUCGUUUGAUCAGGAACUCAGAGAGCAACGUGAUGAUCAUAUGGGAUUACCCGACAAAAGUAGGUUCGAGUUCAAAGCUGUUGGCAAGAAGAGCAGUGCGGUUGGACUGAAGACCUGGCUCGGCGAAAGGCUCGGUCGGUCAAAUCGU